GCACUCCUGACAUAGUGCACAUGGGGACCACGAAGGAGAACUUUAGGGAGCGAGUUUAUUCCUUCCACUGUGGGUUCCAAGGACUGAGCCCAGGCUGUCAGCUUAUAGUCCAGGUACUUUUCCCCACUGAGCCGCCACCUCAUCACCUCGGUGAAAAGUUUAAUUCCCCCGGUUGUGAGUAGCACCACUGAAGUAAUAAGUUGGAGAUGGUAAAAAAACAAAACCAAAAACAAAAAAACCUUUGCCAUUUUGUGGCUGCCGCUUGGUCCACAGGAUGAUGUCAGUUGCUGUACAGAAGAUUUUCAUUUUCUUAAGGUCAGAUUUAUUAAUUGAUGAUUUUAAUGCCUAGUUAAGGGUGUUCUGUUCAGAAAGUCUUUUCCUGUGGAGAUGAGCUCAAGGCUUUUCGCCCACAUUGUCUGCAAUGGUGAUAUAUUAUGUAACAAAUAAAGUUUGCCUGAGGACCAAAGAACAGAGGCAGUCACUAGAUAAUAGAAAGAGAAGAGGAGGCUGUGGAAAACACUUUUAAUCUAGCACUCAGGAGGCAGAGAUCCUUCCGCAUCUCAGUGACUUGAAAGCAACCCUGGAUAAAAAAGGCACUUGCUUGUGCGGGAGCUGUAAGAGAGGAGCCUACUAGCCACCAUUUACAACAAGGUUUUGGACAAAAACAGGAGUUGGUGGUGCCAAUUGUGGUGGCACACAUGAAAAGCAGGAGAGGGCAGGCCCCAGGAGCCGAAAGAGGGGAUAACUAUAUACCAAAACCGAACAGAGUGAGCUUCCCUUCGUAACAUGUAGGCACCAACCCCAAAGUCCAGCUAUAUGAACACAGACCCCAAGGAGGACCACAUAAGCUCAAGUUAUAUUGUCAGUAUCACCAUGGCUCUACUGCUGUAGCCAUGAAAGGAGGCACAGAAGUACCAAAGGCAUGCAUAUCCUUGGAUUAUCUGCAUUUGAAGAGGCCCACAGGGCCAGUGCGCAGAGUUGUGCUCAGAGGCACCACCAAGAUGUCUCUCAAUGAGCGUUUUGCUCAAUUGCGGAAGAACAGACUGCCACAGCCGAUGGCGGCCAACGUCCGGGCCUCGAAGAGGCGGCAGCAGCAGCUGGGCAGUGCCAGAAACAGAAGACUGGCCCUGCAGAUGGAGAGGAGACCCUCUGUCCAGGCAGCGUUAAAUCCUAGGCAGGGCUUCGAGGGGCGCCCGAGUGAGAGGAGCAUCCAAGUCCGUUCAGGAGGUCCCAUGGGUGCCCUUGCCAGGGGAGCGAAAGGAGGAAGAGGCGCAGCUAUCGCCGAGACAGAUGUGCCCCAAGGAGGAGGACUAGGUGGGGGACCUGCCGCCAGGGCCCCGCCCGGGGGCAGGAUGCCACCCCCAGGUCGGGCCAUGUUUGGUCGUGGAAGAGGGGCUUUUGGAGCUCGAGGACGUGGCGGUGGGCGGGGACGCGGCCGAGGGAGAGGUGCCCUCGCUCGCCCAGGACUGACCAAGGAGCAGCUGGACGCCGAACUGGAUGCAUACAUGUCGCAAACCAAGGCGGCCCUGGAUGCUGAAUUGGAUGCCUACAUGGCAGAGGCGGCUCCUGAGACCUGUGACUGAAGCCCGCCUCUUGGACUCUUGUACAAGUCACCACAUCUCUGCCAAAAUCACCAGGAGGAAACAGGAGGAGAAACCGGACAGCUGCUGGGAGGAACUGUCACAACUGGCGCGUUUCUUUGAUGUAAUGCUUGACAGUACAUGUUGUAUACGCUCACAAUAAAUGGUUUUUCUUGCAUUUUGGUUGUGGACUACUUUUGUUAUCUCCUCCCCCUAAAAAAUGAAAAUAUGUUGGUUGGGGUGUGG